CCUGUGUUUUUUUUUGGGUGGAUAAUUGUCUUAGAAUGCAAAAAACAUUAGGAAAAAACUGAGUCAAACCAUUUUUCUUGCAUUCCUUUUUUUUUUCUUUUUUAAGGGGUUUGGUUUUUGGAAAGGUAAGUUUGAUUGUUGUGCCACAAGAUGAAAGAUAUUGUUGAUGUGCUUUGUGGUUAUGUUUACUCCUUCUUUACUGCUGAGAUAUGAAUGGGGGCAGUAACAAAUUUAAAUGUUCUUGAAUUUCAUGGCUGCUCAUUGCUUCCUGAUAUUCAGGUAUUCUGCUUUGGUCCCCUCUAUAGUGAGUUGUUAUGUUAUAUAAUUUACUGGGGGUUAGGGCAUGGGUGGUUAGAGUGGAGUCUUUUAAGGUAUAUUCUGAUCUGGUUAUGGUUUGAAAAAGGGGUUUGUUGCCUGACUGUGACUGCUCUGAGAGAUAGAGGGUCCAAAUAUAUUAUUGCGUAAUCUGCUGUGCUACUGCCAAGAGAGGAGUUGUAGGUGUAGCGGCCAAAGAAGACCUGUCUUAGUCGACCAUUGACUAUGUACAGACUGGGGGACCGACAGAGCUGCAGUAGUUAUUUCCCCCAUUUAUAUUUGUUAUUUUAUCAUAGUUAUUCCUUAAAGUAGGGGGAUUCAACUGGGGGGAUGUAGAUUAUCCAUAGGAAUAUGUUUUGGGUAUUUGAGGAUUUUUUUUUUUUACUUAAGCCAUACAUAAUUUUUACCUUCUCUAACAAGUUCAAUAGAAUUUGUAUAUUUAGCUUUAAACCAUGUAAGGAUUCCCCCCUGAAGUCCUUCCCCGUGUCACUCCAGGGAGCUUUCUUGAUUCCCCAUAGCCUGGAGGGCCGCCAGUCGUGUGAAUGUGCUGCACUCCCCUGGGGGAGUGUUUACAGGAUGUUAUCAGUCUCCGUCUCUGCCUGUCAUCCUAGAGACUGGGUUCCAUGGAAUGUUUGGAGGGGAAGGAGGCAAUCUGAGGGGGGAGUGCCACACUGAGGGGGAGUCUACAUAUACAUCCCAGGCCUGGGAGUCUUUUGCUCAGAGGCACAGCUGAGAUCUGUCGGAGCACAGGAGCAACAUUUUUCAGGACUUGUGGAUUUCAAACAUCACUGAGCUCUCGGAAAAAGAGGAGGUGAAUCGAGCUCCUCUUUAUUGUGGUGCAUAAUGAGUCGCGUUGAAGAAUGGGUCCUGCAGAACAAGGACAAGAUUGAGAAAGGAGUGGAGAUCAUGGGCCAGGGCUGUGAGGUCCUGGCUGCCACAGUGGGCCAGUUUCACCCCAUCCUGGAAGCUGUGUUUGUGGCCUCCGCAGAGAUGCUCAGCAACCCCGAGGGGAAGGAGGCCCGUUACUUGACAGAGCAGUUUGAGAAGAUCAACCAAGCACUGGAUGGCGUACAGGAUGAAAUUGGCAAAAUCGCCAUGGAGUUGCAGAGGAGCAGCAUGAACAAGCAGAACUUUGACCGUGAGGCUCAGAUCAUCAGCCAGUAUGAGAAGUUUCAAGACUUCAUCAAUGCCAAGCCCAAGUUCAAGGAGAAGAAGAAGGAGAAAUUCCUCAGCCACUAUGAGAACACCGAUCGAGACCUGAACAUGGACGCCUUGUACAAUGCUGUCACCGGGGAGAACACGUCCGGAGACCCCAUGCUGGAAACGGUGGUGAGCACGGAGCAUCGGAGCAGGAGGGCCGUGGAGGAGUUCUGCGCUCGACUCAAGAAGCUCUUCGUCAUGGGCAUCUUCGCAGUCAUGGGCCAAGCUUCCUUGAAAGACGGAGCCAUUGGAGAGGAGAUGGUGAAGAAGUGGCAGGAUCGGAUGGAGGACGUGGAGAACCGCAUGAAGGCAGCGGUAGAUGACUGCAUCCAGAACUUUGCCAUCCAGGCCAAGAUGGAUGUAGAAGGCCAGCUCCUGGACAAGCCAGGCAGCAUUGACCCAGAGUUCACCAAAUCUCUCCUGGCCAUCCUCGCCAAAAAGUACGACUGGGUUUCCUGGUCCAUCCGAGUUUUCAAUCACGGUGGAAUAUUUUUUUGGAAUUGGCUGGCUGGCAAGAAGUACCAUGGCAGUGGUGGGGGUGGUAACUUCUUUGACCUCUUGACCCAAAACAACAUCCGAGUGGUGAUUUCUUUCAGUGCGGAUCCAAAGCCAAUCAACAAGAGCCAACUGCAGGAGCAGAUCGAGAACCAGAAGCUGAAGGGUAACAUGGUGUCUGUGGCACAGACCCUGUGUGGCAGCCAACCCAACUGUCUGGUGCAUGCCGUGAGCCGAUAUAAGAAAGUGGAAGAGACCAACAACUUUCAGCCAGAGUGCUAUUAUUAUGGGAUACAAAAAAGGGCCUACAUAUGUAUCCAUUCAGAGUAGUCUGGUAUAGUUGCACUGACAGGGAGGUAUCACAAAUGUGGCAAUCAGUUUUCCAUACCUGUGUCGUAAAUGUUUUUCUUUGAAUAUGUAAGACAGACAGCUGGAUGUAUAGCAAUAUUUGACUCAAGAGAUACUUUAUAUGCCUAAAUGGGUUGUUUUCAUGGUUACAUGUGCUCAUAUAUAUUUUUGACUCUUAUGAAUCGACAAAGAUAUAGAUUAAUAGAUUAAUUUUGAUUCAUAGAACCACACUGCAAAAAGAUGCUUGCAUCCGAAAGAGUAAACAUAACCUAAAAUCAAAUUCUCUCUAUUGAAUAUUUGAAAUGUGGCAAAGAAAUGGCAAUAUGUCUUCAAAUAUGUUUUCUUGUGUACUUGUUAACAUAACUGCUUUUUAACACAGCACUGCGCAAGCUAGACUGAAACCAACAAUAAAUGUCAUAAAACAGC